AUGGCUUUUGUGGCUAUUUUACUGUUGCUGGGCAUCUGCUGCUACAAGCGGAAAAGGAGCGGGCGACGCAACUUUGACCGUCUUGGCGACGACAAGACCCCUGCGCGACGAGUGUCUGAAACGGUUCUCGUCGAUGGUUACAUGCGCGCCGUCUACGCAGACGAAGAGCAGAACGGCCCGGCGCGCGUCAGGCUGCAGCAGAGCACGACCGAUCCUCCCCCCACAGGUGUGACAUCGCCGUCGCCUCCAAGCUCACGGUGGGGAUUGCAGGAUGAAGAACUAGGGCCCGAGCACCAGCAAACCUCAGGGCUUCACCCUCCCGGUCAGGUUCACAUCGACAGACCUCGCGUGCAAUCUACAGUGCCGACGGAGGUGACGGACACGACGGAGAGUUCCUGGAGGACGUGGCAAGUAGACCAAAGCAGAGCAACGCAAAGGAAAGACAGGAAACGAUCUAUGUUCUUCUGA